AUGGCCUCGGCAACAGGAAUUCCUCAAGAGCAUCCAGUGACGAUUGAAUCGCGAGAGGAGGAACCCUUAUUGGGUCGUCCAGGAGAUGUCACACAAAAGCCAAACGAAAGUAUCGUUCGGAACUUAUUCACAGGGACGGCAAGUGUUGCUCAAGCUGGCAUCUGGAUUCUAGCAGCUUUGGUCUGGCAAGGGGUUCUCACUGAACCUCUUUCUUUCUUCACCCCACAUCCACUCCUCAACAGCUCCGCGCUUCUCCUCCAGGUCCAGGCAGCGCUGAUCUUGCAACCAACUGCCACCCCGCAACAGAAGCUCACAGGCACCCGUAUCCACUACGCAAUCCAACUACUCAGUGUGGUACUUUUUGUCUCAGCAUUCGUCAUUAUCGAGAUCAACAAGGGUUCUCACCCUCACUUUGUUUCCGCCCAUGGCAUCCUAGGCCUUAUCACGUACAUUUCGAUAGUACUGCAAGCCCUCGUUGGACUUGCCCAGUUUCUCUUCCCUACUAUCAUUUUUGGCAGCGUCGAAGCCGGAAAGCGCAUCUACAAAUAUCAUCGCUGGUCCGGCUAUGUUUUGCUACUGCUGGAGAUGACGACAGUCGUGGCGGCGACGCAGACAACCUACAACAAAGCGGCACUGCAUAUCCCGCUAUGGGGCGUCCUUGUGUCUGCUGUCUUGAUUCUUUCUGGAGUGAGUGCGAGAAUCGCCCGAACACCUUUGCGCAACUUUUCUGCCGGCCGACGCUAUCGGGACGUGUUGCGACCUGCGACAGCUCCGAAACCCACGCCGGACGUCAAACACAUCCGCCAAAACGCGGACCUCUACGCAUCAAACUGUCUAGACCGCAACUAUGCAGCUCACGCCGAUUACCCUUCGAAAAUCCAACAAUUGUCCGAGGAAGCCAGACAACUAGACCACGACCUGAAAGACCCCCGGUCCCGCAUCAAGCAAUUAGAAAAGACGAUUGCCCAGCUACAUAUUGCGGCGCGGCAAAAUACAGACGGCCAAAAUGGAAAUAAAAGUGAAAAGAAUGUUAGCGAGGAAAUUGCCGAACUCAAAUCGGAGGCCCAGCGAUUGAAAGACGACUCGCAGGCCAUGACCGAGCGCAAAGCAACAUGCACAGAAGAGAUCAACCGACUCGCCCUCGCCCUCCCGAACCUCUCCUCCUCAUUCACUCCUAUCGGACAUGAUCCCAGUCUUGUAAAUUACAUCAACUUCGACCCCCAUGAGCUCCCAUCAUGGACAAAACAGUCACCAGCGGAGCUCCAGGCACGGUCACACGUCACAAUCGGAACAGAGCUGAAUCUCCUAGACUUCGCGAGCUCCGCCACAACAACAGGAUGGGGCUGGUACUUCCUCAUCAACGAGGGUGCCAUGUUGGAACAAGCACUGGUCCAAUAUGCCCUGCAAGUCGCCAGACGCCGGGGCUGGAAGACUGUCGCGCCGCCAUCAAUCGUCUAUUCCUACAUCGCCGAGGCAUGCGGGUUCCAGCCGCGCGACCAACACAACGAGCAACAGAUCUGGUCUAUCGAGCAAAACGAGCGCGAUCGCAAUAGUAAACCCCAGCGCUCGCUCACCGGAACAGCCGAGAUUCCCCUCGCUGCCAUGUACGCCGGCCGGGACAUCAACGCCGCCGAACUACCCAUCAAGCUAGUUGGUGCUAGUCGCUGCUACCGCGCCGAGGCAGGCUCCCGCGGCGUCGACACAAAGGGUCUCUACCGCGUCCACGAGUUCACAAAGGUCGAACUGUUCGGCUGGACGGAUAGUCUCAGCCCUGCAGAGGCAGCCACGACAGUCCCUACAUCCGACGACCUCUUCAACGAGCUACUAGAUAUGCAAACAGAGAUCCUAACCUCACUACAUCUCCCCUGUCGAGUCCUCGAAAUGCCCACCGGCGAUCUAGGCGCCAGCGCAACCCGCAAGCGUGACAUUGAAGCUCUGUUCCCCUCUCGUCUUCGCCUUGCGGUGUCUAGUGGUACCCUCGGUGACCCGGAGGUCCAUGAUCUGGAAUCUGCCUGGGGCGAGGUUACCUCCGCUUCUAUCUGUACAGACUACCAGAGUCGCCGGUUGGCUGCGCGUGUGCGUGGUGGGGCGGCUAAGGAGUCGCGGUUCCCGCAUACCGUGAAUGGUACUGCUAUGGCGGUUCCGCGUGUGCUUGCUGCUAUCCUGGAGAAUGGAUGGGAUGCCGAGCGUGGUGUUGUUGUUGUUCCUGAGGUUUUGCGUCCCUGGAUGGAUGGUAUGGAGAGUAUUGGUCGACGUUAG